AUGAAAAGGUUAUCGUCUCAAAAUAAAACUACUCGUUCAUCUUAAGUGAUUUCGAAUGGUAUAUAUUUUGGAUAAUUUUAAAAUCUAUAACCUCUUUUAACAGCUACUUCAAAUACAUAGUUAAAGUAAGAUUUGAGAAGAAGAAAUUUCAUACCAAGAAAGAGAUUAUAAUCACCAAAAAUUUUAUCUCCAAGACAAAUAAAUAUAAAGCCUUUGAAAAGUUUUUUCUAAACGAAGCCUUCUCCUAAAGCAUCUUAAAGACCACCAACAAUAAUUGCAACAUAAACAACAAAUAGAUCAACAGUAAUUAGAAUAAGAAGCCCAAUUAAGAGAAAUUAAUAACCAAUAAUUAGUUAAGAAAUGGAUAAUAAAUCAAUUGAAUUACUUUAAGAAUUAGUUAAUAGUUAACUAAAUAAAACAUCAAGAAAGAAAAGAAGACCAUAAACUGCUGGUGGAUUCACAAUACCAACAUAACAUUUUUCAAAUAACAUUGAAAACUAUUUAAUAUAAGAAUAGAUUGGAUAAGGUAGUUAUGGGAUUGUAAGAGUUGGAUUAAAUUUAUUAAAUGGAUAGUAGGUAGCAAUAAAGGUUUAUGAAAGAAUGAAGAUUAUGUAAAAAAAAGAAUACAUAAGAAAAGAAAUCUAGAUAUUAUCAUCUAUAUAACAUCCAAAUAUUGUUUAAUUACUUGAUGUGAUUUACACUGAUGUAUAUCUUUUAAUAUUCAGACCCAAGUGCACUUAGUUAUGGAAUAUGCUGGUCCAUUAUCAUUAAGAUAAUAUUUAAAAUAAUAGCCAAACAAGUUGAUACCUGAAAAUGAUGCAAAAAAUAUCUUUCUUUAAGUUGUUAAAGCAAUUGAUUUUUGUCAUUCUAAAAAUAUUGUAAUUCCUAUAUAAAUAAAGUAUAGAUACAUCGGGACAUCAAAUUAGAAAAUAUUUUAAUUAGAGACAACAAAAUUAAAUUGAUUGACUUUGGUUUUAGUUCAUUUAUUGAACAUAAAACUAUUUCCUAUUGUGGAACACCUUCGUAAUCACUUUCAUAAAAAUACUAGAUAUAUGGCCCCAGAGAUAAUAUUGAAAAUAGAUUAUGGAAAGCCUGCUGAUAUAUGGUCAUUAGGAAUAUUACUUUAUGUAAUGUUACAUGGUAAGUUUCCAUUUUAAGGGAAAGAAUAAAAAGAGUUGUUUACUAAAAUUAAAACAGGGAUCUUCUCAUCUAAUGGAAUAUCUUAAUAAGCAUAAAGAUUAAUUAAUAAUAUGUUGAGAGUUAGGUCAUAUGAAAGAUGCAAUACAAAAGAAGUAUCUAUAUCAUCUAUUAAAUUAGAUUAUCAAAGAUUAAUGGUUUCAAUAAUGA